AUGCCGUGGCGUCCCCUGCCACUGUCGUAUGCAGUGGCAGUUUACCCUUUCCAGUCGCCAGCCUCACCAAUCGAGCUACCUUUGCAAAUCGGCGACCAGCUCUAUGUGAUCGAAGAGGGCGGCAUCAAUGGCGAAUGGUGUCGAGGGUACCUGCUUGCGCCACUCUCCUUGGUGGCUGCUCUGACAACAGAGGCUCGGUCAGCAAGCGACAGCCGGGUCUACUCUGGCAUCUUUCCACGAUGCUGCAUCGAAUUUCGCGAAACGCUCGCUGGUGUCGUCUCGCACGAGAAUGGCGAUGCUAUCAACGGUGAAAGACCACCAGCGCCGGUUCCUAUGCUGAAGAUCGGCGACGAAAGCCCGACCUCUACAGCUGAGCCUCUCGUUGACGAGAUAUCAAGUUGUUUACGAGAAUGGUGCAACCUGCACCUACCAGACUUGAUAUUGCAGCAGCAGUACGAACUCCUGGACGAAGUUGCUGCGAUUACGGGCCGCCUUGACUAUGCCCGGCGGCAGUUGCUACACGAUGUUCUUACGAUACAGGAGCGGAGAGCGGUGCGGGAGAUGGCUGUAUGGGAUCUUGUGCGAGGCAACAAGAUGCUGAACGGCGAGGUUAUCGUGCGCGACGCAGAGCAGCAAGGACGCCUUCUGACGGCGGAUGACUCUGCUAUCGAACUGUCCAAAUUACAGUCGGUCAUGGGCGCACUGAACGAUCCGCCGAUCGACAAGGUCGAGGUCACAAGCCUGCAUCAUGCUUUGGUCGAAGCGAAGAGCAUCGGCGGGACCGAGCUGGACUCGGUCAUGCUCAACUUCGGCGUGUACGAGCUGACUGAGGGUGGUGCGCUACAACCUUUCUCGGAGAUGUACAGCGCACCAGCAUCGUCUAAGCUAAAGACUCUGUUUGCCGACUUCAAUGCCCGCGAUGUCGCGCAAGACGGGCGGCUUUUCUUGGUCGUGAAAGCCGUGACCCCUGAACCACCACGACAGGGGCCGAAGCAGAUGAUGGAGGAGACACCGACAAGAAAUGGCACUCUGGUGUCGAGAAAGGACAGCAUACUGAAUCGGCGGCGGUCGAGCUUGAUGUUUGGCUCGAAGCGAAAGCCCUCGAGUGAACGACCGCAAGUUGGGAGUGACGGGCGAAUCGUGCGAGAGAAGAGCCUUAGCAAUCCCGCGACGCCAGUGAUACCAGAAGACAAUGGCCAGCCAAGGUCUCCGAAGCCUGUCGGACCUCCUAUACCACGGACAGUGGCAGUUGCCGUGACGGACAUUGCGCAUACUAUUCGAGCUGCUGGUGCGGAGAACGAACCUUUCGAUCUAAAGCUGUGGAGUCCCUCACAGAGAAGUGAUGAGGAUAUCAGCGACUUCAACCCGCUCGUGGUCCCCUUCUUCAAAAGGAAUUCCACCAUAUACGGCGCCGGUCGCGAGAGUCUCAUCACGAACAACCCCACGACUAUGUUUGGGGUGUGUCAGUCGAAGAAGAUUGGUUUCUCGGAGGCUCCAUCGAAGACACGUUCUGACAUCUACCUCACGCUAUCGAGAGCCAAUAUUGCGCAGGGAGCACAACUGUCACACCCUGAGAUCGGACCUACGCCAAUAAAGCCGUCUAGCUUGCUCAACAUGCAGCUCACCAUGGAGGUACGGGACGUGACAGGGCGACGAGUAGAGCAAUGUAUACACGUCUCCUCGAACAGCGUAGGUGUCACCGCUUUCCGAACAAAUGCUGCCGAGCUUGGAUCCGAUUGGGACCAAACGGUGUGUCUGCGAAUACCAGCUGCUCGUGUGCCGGAAUGCCACCUGGUACUGAGUAUCGCGGACGCGCCAGAGUUUCCAUUUGCGUUGGCGUGGAUGCCUUUGUGGGACAAAUCAGCAUUUAUUGCAGAUGGCAAGCGAUCACUGAUCUUGCACGCCUAUGACAAAAGCACUUCGAGCAUAAACAGAGGCCGCGGCGCCUAUCUCUCCCUGCCUUGGGACUACAAGAACUAUGCUGCAGGGCACGAUGGAGUCAGGGCCAUUCUCGCGUCUCUCGAAAUCAGCACGAAGCUAUGCAGUACGGAGUUCUCACAAGAUCGCGUGCUUGUCAGUCUUAUCUCGUGGAAGCACGCCUCUUCGGUGCAGCUCAUGGAUCUGUUGCAGAAACUUGUAUUUGUCCCAGAGAUCGAGAUUGUAAAGCAGCUGAACGAUGUGCUCGACGCGUUGUUCGCGAUUCUUGUACACAAGUCUGGAGAGUCCAAGUUCGAAGACCUGAUCUUCAACGACAUCGUCUUCGUCCUUGGGAUUGUCCACGAUCGGCGCUUUAACCUUGGUCCUUUGGUGGAGCAAUAUGCCGAUAACCACUUCAACUCGCCAUUCGCGGCAUCAUGUCUGAUCCGGAGCUUCACAAGACUGUUGCAGAGUGUCUCAGAUCCGCAGAGUGCGCGAGAUAUGCGAGCACUGUUCAAGGUCGGCAAGCAGUUCUUGAAGCUUCUGAUGGCCUCAUACCAGCAAAGAAGGAACAGCAGACACAACAACGACACAGACAAGAAGCACGCCACGUUCAAGGAAGACAUGCAAGUCAUCUUAUUCGGUCUGCAAAUGAUGAUGCGAAGCGAAACGCCGGCGCUUGUCGGCAGCAAGACAUUGUUGACACAGAACUUCCACAGCUGGCUGCCGGAGUUGCUGAGCGCCUACAAUAAAGACGAGGUCAUUAAGAUUGCCGUCGGACUUGUUGAAGCAGGUGACGAAGCUGAAGGCAAACUAGUCCUCUAUCGUCUGUUGAUGAUUCUCAACUACACGAAAUUGGACCAAAUAUGGGUCGAGCCGAGAGAUAGGGCUAUCCUGGUGAAGCAGUGUUUGCGAUGGCUCAAGCCGCACUGGACAGUCAACGAAUUGACCACAGACUGGAAAGAACAGCUUCGCCUAUGCUGUUCGAUUGUUGCCGAGCUGUGCAGAUUUCCCAGUUCGCAGCUGUACGAGUUCUUACCAUCGGUCAUCUCGACGUAUUGCUAUGUUGCUAGCGAGCCCAGCAUCCACUCCAGAACUCUUACGAUGCUGUUUCCCAACACAUAUCCGCUACCAUCACGGACGGCUGUUACAAAUGAGCACUUUGACGAAGUGCUGCUCGAAUUAUCUGCAUUGUUGGCGACCAUAGGAAAGAUGAAAGCGCCGUCGCUGCCUAAGUCUCUGCGAAAUGGCGGCGUCGAUCAGUACAUCUCAUCCACGCUGAGUGUUGUACGAUCAUUGCUGAGCAACGAUGCCUUUCCAGCAUCUUGGCUGAGUUUGCAUGUGUACCACCACUCCGCUGCGUUGAACAUACUGCGAUAUCUAGACGGUCUUCUGAACACACAUUUCAUACCGGACCCCGAACAAGCUGAGAACUUCGACAUGGAACUUUGGAAGACGUAUCUCGAGACUCUUCUGAGCCUCAUCUCGUCACCGGCAUUGACGCUUGAAUCCUUUCCCGAGCAGAAGCGGCGAGCUGUAUGGAAAAUUGCUGGCGAUCUACGACAGUCUGGAGCAGACUUGCUCCGACGCAGCUGGGAAAACCUAGGCUGGGAAGCAACAGAUGACGAUCUACGACGCUACAACAUCCGACGACUAGGCGGCUAUCAGGUGCAAUACGUGCCUGGUCUCGUGGGCGCAGUGCUCGAAUUAUGUCUCAGCAUGCACGAGGGCCUCCGACGAGUAGCAGUGGAGAUGUUACAGACGAUGAUUGUCAGCGAGUGGGCAUUGAGCGAAGACCUGGACUUAAUCGAAACAGAAUUCAUCGGCGCUCUGAACAGCUUGGCCAAAACAAGACGCCUUGACGCAUAUGAAGCAAUGGGCCGAAAGCUGUGGGUCACAGAGCUGCUGAAUCUGUUCUCCACCAUCGCGAAUCAACCGGACGAUGCACUGUGGACAGCGCUAGAGGAGCUGGUCUCAACUGUGGAUGAGCUCAUCGAUCUGAUAGCGGUCAACGAAGAAGACAAGCAUGACAGCACAGGCGCAGCAGCUGCAGCCGGCUCUGUUACCAGUGACAAUCACACAGAAGUUGGGUCGGGAGGAGCGCGCAAGAGUAUGGAUGGGCUGAGCAGCUCACGAGGGACUCGGGAAUAUGGCGUUAAUGCUCUUGAGUCUUUCAAGGCACUAGCGGCGGAGUACGAAAGGACGGGAGACUACAAGAGAUUGGCGAGGGUCCACCGCAGCAUUGCGAGGAUUCACGAGACUAGAGCGAAUGGGCGUGCGCCUAGUGCGUUGGGCGUCAAUGGACAUCAUCAUCAUCACCUUGAGGGUGUUGACGACGAUGACGAUUGA